UACAGCUUUGCAACAGAACCCGAACGAGAGUUCAAUUUGGCAGACAAAUUAUGGACGAAACGGAAGGUUUUGUGGAGAUUGGCCCUAAAAUUCCUGAGGAAGGCCCAUCAGCGCCCCCACCUGGCUGGUUGGACUGUGUUUCAGGUUACGAGGGCUCCAAAGGAGGAGGGGAUCCUGAUGAGAAUUACCAUGCUCCACCUCCGUACGCUCCACCAGACAGCAAUCAGAAUGCUCAUGUCCCCAAUGUGAGGGAGCCAACAGUAUCAGAGGACGUGGCCCGUGAGGCUCUCCUGAAGUAUGUGGAGAAGAAGUGGAGCUACAGCAGCAAGCCCGCCAAAAACCUGGUCUUCAAGGACCUCAAGCCUAUUACAGUAUACCGGUACCGUUUGGAGACAUACACAGAGUUAAGAUCGAGCAACUGGGCAUCAGAGCCAUAUAGAGGCCAGUUUGUGGACGGGCCAGAAAAUGGCAUGAGCCCACCGCCAUGGGAGGUUCCCGUGCCGUAUCCUCAGAAAUACACUGACGUCACAACGCAAGUCCGGGUACCACACUCCUGUCUGGUCAAGCCAUGCCAUCAAUGUCAGAGCAUGGGGAGUGUGCGCUGCUCCCGUUGUUUCUCCCGAGGACAUGUGCGCUGUGUACAUUGUUUUGGCCAUGGUCACAGAGGUGUUGGCAAGAACCGAAGGAGAUGCACUCUCUGCCAUGGCCGUGGAGUCAGAAGAUGUAUUUGCUGUCACGGUCGUGGUAUUAAAGUGUGCCCAUCCUGCGAAGGACAAAGGAACCUUUUACACUUCCUCCAGCUGACUAUUGUAUGGAAGAACAAUAUAAUGGCAUACAUUCCUCCUGACAAGGUGCCUGAGUUUCCAAUGGAGAAGCUUGAGAGUGUGUCCGGUGAUGCCUUUUUUGAGGAUGAAAACCUUUUGGUCUAUCCCAUUGUGGGCUUCCCAGACCAGGAGAUCUGUGCGAUCUCUAAGAAAGGGAUCGAGGAGCACAUCGCCAAGUUCUCUUCCAACCGUCGCAUCCUGCAGCAGUUGUCGCUUCAACUGCAGAAAUACGCGACAACUGCAGGAAUACUCAAGAGCAUCAAAGCAUCAUUGAAAAAGCUCAAGCUUAGAGGCCUACAUUUCAUAUUUACUCACAAGAUGAUGUUCUCCAGAACACACAAACAUGACUGGUUCCAGUCAGUCCACAACCAUGGCCUUGGCCUGCAGGCGGAGCCAGGUGCUCUCAAACAUGACAGACAUCCUGCUCAAGGUGGAUUCUAACUACAUGCCUAAGCUCUUCACCAGUUUCUCUAUAAUACAAGGAUCUUUUCACCAUCAAUAUAAAAGUUCUGUCUUCCACCAGUUUUGCCUAAGUGAUAGACACACUUCAUCCUUUCCCAUGCUAUGUUUUGUCAUGUCGGCGUCCAUGUAAGCUCGGAUAGGAGGCAACCUGGUGCCAUCUAGAUGCUUCUACAAGAAACUAUUUCUGAUAAAAAGGCUGUUCCUGCCUAAAAUGUGAUGAUAAAUUAUAUUACUUUAUGUUAUUUAAAACAAUGAUUUAAAGCAGUGAAAACAAUGUGCAUUAUAAUUACACCAAACAAACUAACCAAACUCCUACCCGAAACUAGAAAGGUCGGUAAUCGCCUAGAAGACCACUCAGACAAUGGCAGAAGUGCCGUUUGUCAUGUUAUGAGGUUAUGUGCUAUCAAAAUGAUUUUGGAAAUGUUAUGUUAAGGUCAAAAAGCUGUUAAGGGUGCCUUUAAGUAACUAUUUAAAGUUGUAUUUUAUAUGUGAAAUCUUAUGGGACAUAAGUAAACAAGUAAAGCUGAACUGGUGAUGCAAAGUUCUAAUAUUACUAAGAUCACAGGUUUGGUUCCCAAGAAGCACAUAGGCUGAAACUGUAUACUGUACAGCUGGUUAAAUAGGUGGGUACAAAGCACACCAUACACUUGUAGGUUUCACAUAUAUCUAUAUAUUCCUCAUAUAUUGCAUUGCUGGUUAAUACAUGUACAAAAGAAGACCAUUCAGUUGUAGAUUCCUGUGUGCUUUUAUUGUUUCAAACAUCGAACUCAUGUAAAUCUUACAAAAAGGUCAGAACAACAGUCAGGACAAAUAUGUACAUACAUACAUACAUAUAUCUUCAUGGCACAGUUUUAAAAAACAUUCUCCUGCCAUGGAUGCCAUUCUUCUAACCCACACAGACACACACACUCGCGCACACACACACACACAGGGUUUUUUCUUAAACAAAUUGUUUCUUCAAUACAUACAGUAUACUCAAUUUGAAUACCAACUGAAUGAAACACAAAAACUAAUUAAAUUACACUAAUAAAUAGUCUAUCCUUGAAUGGUAGAUGUUAAGAGCCUUCUUAAGAUGAUGUACAGUAUUAGAAUGGUGGACAGCGCAUCCGAGGAGAAGACAAGUGUGUACAAUUGGGGAAAUUUUGUUUAAAAAAAAAAAUUCUGUGAGGCACCCUUUAAAAAUGUGUUACUGUGUUAUCAUACACUUGACUCUUUGAUUAUACUAUUUACAAAAAAAAAUUGAUCGGAGAAAAAUAAAAGGUUUUGUUCUCCAUGUUUCACUACAAAAAUAUCAAGAUCUAGUGUGUUAACAUUUGUGUAGGCUGGAUGGCUGUUUAUAAAUAUAGGGUUAACUCACAAAACAAAAAAUUCCAAUGGGGACCAGUUUUAAUGCACAAGACUUCUGUGUAUGGUUGCUUCACUGACACAUGCUGACAGCAUAGGUGAGGCCAAAUCUUUGGUACAACUAUUUCUACUUGACAGUUUGAAGCUAUUUAGUUUAUUCAUGCUCAGACCACUCUAUAAGUUUUUAUUUUUGUCUCUGAGGGGUCUUUUGUGUGUUUGUUUUGCACCCCUACUUGAAAGUCAUCAUGGAAUGCUUGCAAUGGACUUUGCCAAUUGAUCUGGGCUUGUGGCGACAUUUGGACCCAACAAUACCUUCAGUAACUGGCCAGUAAAGGUUUAUGCUGUGAUUUAAGUUGAUUAAUGCAAUUUCCAGUAUUCCUCAGUCAUAUGCUAUAUGUGUUUAGCAACACAAGUGUUUGAGUGGGAUGGUUCAAAUGUUGUCAACAGGCUGAAUAAAUGCAGUAAUGGCAUUCUCAGUCUUUUAUCAUUCAGUAACAGAAAUACACGAUUUUGUAUAUUCAAACAACAACAACAACAAAAAAAACUUUUACAAGGGGAACUAAUAAAUGAAGUUUGA